AUAAAUAUUUUCCCCCUCUUUAAAAUAAAAUAUUUGUCGAAGAUGGCUUCCCGAGUUUUGUCGAUCUUCUUUGCAAUUUGGGUGUGCGUAUAUUCGAUAAAAGCUGUGGAGUCAUCACCAUCUCCUCAGGCGUCGAGAAAGGUUUAUAUAGUUUUAACUGAUCCAACAGUAUAUAAAAACUGUAACGAUUUUCUCUCGGUUCUCCGAAAGGUUAUUCACUACAGCCCUCCAAACGAUGCUUUAGUAUAUUGCUAUAAGACAGCCAUCUAUGGAUUUGCUGCUAGACUCACUGAUGAAGAGGCAAAUGAAUUAAGGGGUGAGAAAGGAAUUCAGAAGGUCCAAGAAAGUAAAUUAUAUAGCAUAGGUGAUCCCAAUUCAUUUAAUAAAUGAUUUUUUUUGUCUUCUUUUUCACAUAUGGCUUUGUAACGUCAUUAUAAAAAAUAUGUCCUUAGA